AUGAUCAAUCAUAAAGUCCAAGAACAAAUACAAAAAUCACCUAAAAUAAAUAUAAAAAAAUCUUUGCUUAGAAAUCUAACAUUGCCUUUAAAAACUCUCUAUAAAAGUUCAAGAUUAUUUGGAGCAUCAGAACGUAUACUUGUAAAAGGAAAAGACACACAAUGGUUAAUAGAAUAUGAGGAGAAAUUUAAAAAUAUUAAAGUAAAGAUACCAAAAUUUUACAAUAAAUCAAGAAAAAAUUUAAUCACAAUUGAUGAUGAUGAAACAUUUGAAGAUUAUGGAUUGUUAUAUGAUGAUGACUUAAUUUUAUUAACAAAAAAACUUAAAAAGAGAACCAGAUCCAAAGGCAUUUAUAUUUUAUCAUUUAAUACACAAAAUAAAAUAUAUACAAAAUAUGCAGGAUAUGUUACUUAUAUGGAUAAUAAGGAACUUAUUGAAAAGAUUAAACAAGUUUUUAAUAACAUUGGUGAUUCAUACAUUGAUAAAGAACAACUUAGGGGAAAAACAUUUGAGGAAAUGAUACCAUAUAUGUUAGAAGAUUUUUAUUAUUUUAGCAAACAUGGAGAUAAAUCACAUGAUGAUGAUGAUGCAACUCAACCUAGUGUAAGACUAUUAGUUCCAUUUCCAAAAUACAAGUCAGAUAUUUUAGAAUUAUGCAAACAUCAGAAUGCAAUGGUAGUAUAUCUUGAUGAUUCAUGA